AUGACGGACCAGUACUUGCAAGAGCAGCAUGCUUUUACCAUUGCCCGCACCGUCCAGAGAGAACGAGAGCUUGCCCAGGCCCGGUUGGAUUCUGACCAUGGUGAUAGUUGGGUCAUGAUCACCCAGACGGGUGAUAUCAACCCGUUACCUCACGAACACAUCAGACAUAGAUCCAAUGCCAAAAUCAGCCUCGACCUGUCCGUACCUAAAUCUCUGCAGCAGGGCCGGACACCGUUCUCGCGCAGGAGUGAUAACGGUACGGUAUACAUAACGACGCAGCGGGUCAUUUACAUCCCUGCAAAACCAACCGCCGAGUUCAAGUCGUUUCAUGCGCCGAUCCUGAACUGCGAGGACACGUAUGUAGGCUCGCCAUUUUUCGGCGCGUGGUACUGGUCUGCCACCGUCGUGCCGGUCGCUGGUGGCGGCGUGCCUGCCGACAUCCCGAGGGUCGAGUUGAAAUUGAGCUUCAAAGAGGGUGGACACAGCGAGUUCAGGCAAAGGUUCGAGGAGCUGAAGGAGAGACUCGAGCACGUCAGGCGACUGCAGCUGGAGACUGGACAGACGGUCAACAUUCCGGACGAGCCGCUGCCGGCGUACGAGGCGACGGAAGGUGGAGGCGCAGCGGCAUCUAACAACCUCGCUCCGCAGCAGCCGGUGAGCAGGUCAGCGAGCUCGGGAAGCCAGAACCGACGGCCGGACGAGCCACCACCGGAUUACGACGAGGCCCAGGCACAGACGCUCAGCAUGCGGCUUGAGGACCACAUUCGUGAGGAAUCAGAUAGAGCAUAA